GAGGAGGAAAAAGGAAUCCCUUUGGGAAGAUAGUAUGGAAGAAGGCAGCGACAUUACAGCACUCGUCUCAAACAUUGGGGAACAGGAGGCUGUGCUGAUCUCUGAAGCCAUCGUAAGCCCAACUUCAGAAAGUGUUGAAGACCAGAGGAAGUGCAACCCUGAUCCACUAAUCCAAGUCAUCCAAAAGCUAAGCAAGAUCGUUGAGAGUGAAAAAUCACAGAAAUGUCUUUUAGUAGGGAAAAAACGCUUGUAUCCCGACAUGCUGUCACUUGAGUCACAAAACCUCCCAGAGAUACCAGCUAAACUCAUUGAACUACCUGCUCUGGCCACCAUAAAUGUAGAAGAUUAUUAUGUGGCAGAUUGUUCUCCACAGAGUAGAAGGAAGGUGGUUUGCUAUCAGUGUAGUCUCUGUAAAACUCUGUCUCCCACUCUUCCUCUCCUAAAAGAACACAUAAAACAACACGGUCAGCAGAAUGAGGUAAUACUUAUGUGUUCAGUAUGCAAUUUUGCCACUAGAAGCCUAGAAGAAUUUGAAGCUCAUGUCAGGCAUCAUCCAGAGGACGGCGACAAAACCCACCCUCUGCCAAAGGAGCAGCAGUGUGUAAGUCUUUCUAAUACCACUUCGCAUGGGCCAACGGAAAGUUUCGUCAAAGUAGGCACUGAUCAGGUGGCCCAGCUUCAGUCUCCCCAUGUGACUGAGAAGACGGGGCGAAAAUGGUAUACUUACGAGCAGUACGGAAUGUACCGAUGCUUAAUUUGUAGCUACACGUGUGGUCAGCAAAGAAUGUUGAAAACACACGCCUGGAAGCAUGCAGGUGAAGUCGAUUGCUCGUAUCCCAUAUUUGAGGAGGAAAACGAGCAAGCUACACUGCCAGACUCUUCUGCUGCAGGUGUUCCUCGCAAUGUGGACACUGUUGUCCUUUCAUUAGAAAAUCACGAACUGGGUGUCUGUAGCGACCAGGCCGUUCAACUCCAUAUUUGUAGUCCCGAGCCAUUGACUUAUAAAACUUUGCCAGCGGAAGAGCCUAUAAAAGAGGAGGCCGUCCUCAGUCAGUCAGCUACGCUUUCACCCCCUGGCAAAACGUUAGAGGAGGCUAUGUCUGAUACAGAGGUGGAACAAGAGCAUUUGAUAACCGAUAGCUUGCUUUCUUCGGCCCAGAAAAUAAUUAACUGCAGCCCAAAUAAAAAAGGCCACGUUAAUGUUAUAGUGGAACGUAUGCCGAGUGCUGAAGAGCCUGUCUUGCAGAAGCCUUUCUCGAUGGACCCUGACAUUGAGGCUGAAAAAAGCAAAAACUCUGAACCGACUCACGUCGUGCGUGAUGGAUCAGGGGACGUUUAUCACAUGGAUAAAAAUUCUGUUGAGCUUGAAGAAGUAAUUAUUGGAUGGAGCAGCACAGAGAAGAAAGAUAGUGACUUAAAUCCUGGCAGAGUCAAAGCAGCCGAUGAAAAUGCCCCUCCCACAAGAAGAAGAACCAAUUCCGAGUCCUUGAGACUGCACUCGCUAGCCGCUGAAGCUCUGGUGACGAUGCCAAUCAGAGCUGCAGAGCUAGCCCGGUCAAGCCUCAGAGCCUUUGCUGAGGUCAACUCUUUAGGUUCAGACAUGGGACAACGGCAAACUGACGGUGGCUAUGUAGCCCAUUCUAAAUUGGUAACCUCCCUUAAAACCGAGGAACUGACAAGCCUCAACCAAACCGACCAUGCUUUCAUGGAGAUACAGAAGGAUAAACCAGAGCUAACGGAAGGUCCCAUGAAAAUGGGCAUUAGCAUGUCACUGCUCACCGUAAUUGAAAAACUGAAAGAGCGGACAGACCAGAAUGCCUCCGACGACGACAUUCUGAAGGAGUUGCAAGACAAUGUGCAAUGCCAACCUGCGACGGAGGCCAACGUGCUGGGGAGUAACCUGGUGGAAUAUAUCCCCAAUGUGGAUCGCCCCUUCCGGUGUCGCUUGUGCCACUACAGCAGUGGCAACAAGGGGUACAUCAAGCAACACUUGCGGGUACAUCGCCAGAGGCAGCCCUAUCAGUGUCCGAUCUGCGAGCAUAUAGCGGACAACAGUAAGGAUUUAGAAAGCCAUAUGAUCAACCACUGCAAAUCCCGAAUGUACCAGUGCAAACAGUGCGAAGAAUCCUUUCAUUACAAGAGUCAGCUGCGAAGCCACGAGAGAGAGCAGCACAGCCUUCCAGAUAUAUACUCAACAUCCUCAUCUGACAGUCUAAUAACUUGUAGUGAAGUGGAUGAAAGUGUUGGGGAUAGGAUUUCAGUCCAGAAACUCUACAGAUGCGACAUUUGUGAUUACACAAGCACAACAUAUGUUGGUGUGAGGAAUCACAGGCGGAUUCACAACUCUGAUAAGCCCUAUAGAUGUCGAGUGUGUGACUUCACCACAACCAGUAUGAAUAGUCUGAAAUGUCAUAUGAGGCAACACCCACAGGAGCACCAGGCAGUGCAGCUAAUGGAGCAGUUCAAAUGUUCCCUUUGUGGAUAUGUGUGUAGCCAUCCUCCUUCCCUGAAGUCUCAUAUGUGGAAACAUGCAAGUGACCAAAAUUACAACUAUGAACAAGUGAACAAAGCUAUUAAUGAUGCAAUUUCACAAAACGGGAGGUUUCCAGGCCAAUUGCCUGGGAAGAUGAUAACUGAAACCUCUGAAGACAGUUCGGUUCCUUUGACAAGUAACUCAGAGGGCUUGAUGUUUUUGGACUCCUCUAACCAGACGGCUAACAAAACCAUGAGUUCUGAUGAAAAUCAGAACCCUGCUUCUACAAUGAAUACCUCAUGCAGUUCAGACAAAACCACUAGCCUUUCCCACCUUGGCACGGAAUACUGUGUUCUGCUCUUCUGCUGUUGCAUCUGUGGGUUUGAGUCGACCAACAAAGAGAAUUUGUUGGAUCACAUGAAGGAACAUGAAGGUGAAAUUAUAAACAUAAUUCUAAACAAGGACCACGCCACCGCUCAGAGUGUAAACUAGAUGAAAUUGCCUCUUUAAAAGAUUCCUUAAAGUGCUGUUUUCCUGUGCUCUCUAACAUUACCUGAAAUAUUUGCUAAAGAGAAAAACUUGAGUAAAAAUAAUAAUAAUAGCAAUGUUCCUAAAUUUUGAAGUCUUUACAUCAACAAGAAAAUGGAUUAUUUCAGGAGCUCUUGAAGCAACUGAACAGGAAAAACUCUGUUUACAGUAAAGGGCCAUUGAGAAUGUUAUCCCUUGCCGACAGAGCCAUUUUCAAUGCCUAUUCCUAAUCCAAAGCAUAGUAGCAUAAUAGGAAAUUCACACUAAGGUGUUAACUUAAGUGGUUUAACCUUCCUGCCUUGAAACUAUAUAAAGGGUGUCAAAUUCAUUUCAGGUAAAUUAAAAAAAAAUGACAUGACUGACUAUAAGAUUAUGAAGCAGCAGUUUCCAGAGAGAGGAACACUGAGUAACUUCUUAGGCCUUAUAGUUCCUCUCUUAAUUGCUUCUUUUUUUAGAAAAGGUAACAGUUGUUGGCUGUGCCUGCUCAUACAGACGGCAUAACAAGUUGGUAUCUUGCUAAUUAUUUUGCUGGCUAGAUUUUCUCAGUAUGAGAUGCUACAAUAAGUUAUUCGGAAUUUAUGUCUAAACGUUUCUUGUUGGACCUGAAGAGUUCACUGAAACUUCUUAAUACCUAUAUAUGUAAGCAGGCAUUUAACUAGGUGGUGUUUCAUUUCAGCAUGCUUGAGGUGCCAUAAUUUGGAAGAGCAGAUGGGGGAGGGAGGUACUAAUGGUCAUACGAAAACUUUGAUCCAAACUUUGAAACAAAGCAAAUAAAGGUUUAUCUCUUUCAUCAAGUAACAUUUUAACAUUUCAAAAUGCAGUUACUUGGGUCUACUGGAAUGGGGUGGGGGUGGGGGAAUGAAAAGUCAAUGGGUUGGAUAAAGAAUUUGCUUCCUGUAGAUGGAAGGAGUUCCGUCAACAGAAGGCUGCUCAUCCAGUGAAGGAACCACACUGGUGGAAUGAAGAAGAAAGCAAUUUUAAUCAAUUCCCCCCUCCCUCUGCAGCGCGUAUGGCCUUUGAAAGUCUGCUUUGGAGGGUGAGGGGACCCUUUGGAACAGUGGGGAGGAAGGCACUGGGGGCUGCCGAGGGGAAGGAAAUUGAUUUUAAAAAAACAUUUCCACCGGUGGGAGCAUUCUGAGAAAAAUUCCACGGCUACUGCCAACAAAAGAGAACUUUGUAUCCAACCCAUUGGAAAAUAAGCUAAUUUUGUUGCAACCUUAUAAAUUAGCCACUAAAAAUCUUUCAUUUACUUAGCGUACUUGUUCCCAAAAAAGAGCUCCUUCACACCUUGCUAAAUAAAUGUCUUGAGCUUCUUUCUUUGACUACAAUCCUGAGCACAAUUUGACUAUUUUAACUCCCAUUGACUUCAGUGGGAGUUAAGCAGAAUUGUAGCCAAUUGACAUUAUUUUCAUCAUCAUAUUAGUGCCAUGCUUCAUUUGAGUGGAACCUUUUCUCCCGGUCACUGCAUUUCCAUUUACUCCACUCACCAAACAUAUUGUAUACAAAUUUCAAUUAUAUUUCAAGAGCUGCAGAACAUAUUUCUUGUGUAUUUAUUAUCUAUUUAUAAUUAUAUUUUAGCAGAAAUAAGCUAGAAGCUCACAUGGUGCUAAUUGAGUUUGGGAGGGGGUGUUCCUACCAUUUCUGAACUGUGAAGUUGGGCAAAUGGAAAGUUUUUGUAUAUGUUUUUCCAGUUUUAAAUGCUGAAUGCAGAAAUACAAGGCAUUUUGUAAGACUACCCAAUCUAAUCUUGAAUAUUUAGUCUUAUUACUUGCUUCUAAAUUAUAUGCAUCAGUACAUAAAAAUAGUGACAGGGUUGUCAUAUAACCUAUCAUUUACAAGAAUAUUUCAUAUAUAUGAAAAAUGGGAGUUAAAAUGUGGAUGCUUUUGUGUUCUUGAAGAAUAGAACAUCUAGGGGGAUAUUGAGAGGGGAUGUUUCGUAUUCAGGCUAAUAUAUUUAAUUUUUUUGCUAUGAAUUCUUAAGAUUGAUUAGAAUCACAAAACCUGAUAAAGUACAUCUGGCUACUACUAUUACUUUUUGUACUCUGCUCGCAUAUUGGCAUUGUAUUUUCAGCAUGGACUUCCAAUGUGCUCAGAAAUAGGAAAUCAUCGGGCAACUAUUUAACAUCUCAACUAGGAGCAGAAUGGAGACUAAACAACCAAAACCGACACUGAAACAUUCUUGAGACUGGCGAAAAGUAGGUGGCACCAAAACAGUAGUGUGGCCAUUAAAAAAAAUAAAUCCUCAUUUGUCCAGAUUUUUUUGAUUGCAAGAUCAGCAAGAUGUAGAAAAUCCAUAAAACAAAAACCUUUCUCUUAUCUGAGGUUAUACAAAGUGUAUUAACAUUCCACCUCCUAUCUUUAUACCAUCUAUUUACUGCAAUUAGUUUAAAUCCUGUUAAAAAUGAUCAAAGUAAUAGAUUCAUUUUUAAUUAGUUUCAAAACUAUAGUGGUAGGGUUUUUUUGCCAUGAACAUUUUUUUUUAAAAAAAAUAAUCAUAAUGGAUCAUGCCUCUUCACUACACUACAAGAAAAUUGUGAAAAUAUGAACUUAUAAAAUAGGUUCUUAUUGAAGUUAAGUAUUAAUUUUUAGGCAUCUAAAUUGGUUUUUUUUAAAAAAUAACACCAUAUGUGAGAAACAACUGAAAUGAAUUUUGUACGCGCAAUGUUUCAUUAACUCUUACUGUUAAACAGUAAGUGGGUUUUUUUAAAAAAUUGACUUUUAUCUUCAAUGCUUAGUUUAAUAUUACCUUCAUUUGCACAGGAUCUGAGUAUACUUCUUACUGACAUGUACAUUUUAGUGUCCACAUGUUGCCUCAGAUGUACACACUUGACAUGUAGAAGCCUGAAACUAGUUUAUUGAUCAUGUUUCCUGCCUUGGAAAGUGUUGAGGUGGUAUAUGUGGGUGCAGGGAUUUCCGUGUUUUUGUUGUUGUUUAAGAGCACUUUUCAGAUAUAUGGCAUGUCUUCCCUUUCAAUUUUAGGAUAUAAGUUUUAAAAAAUGCUUGGACUUCUAACUAUAGUGUUCUUAUUUUUAUUAUUAUUAUUAUUCAUUUUAUUUAUAUAGGAGCAAAUUCAGUGCUCUGAGUUAUAAUUUCAGCCUUUGCCCCAAGUUCUUAUGGUUCCAUUAUGGACAAAGUUUCCGUUUAUAUUUCUGGCUGCAAAACUUACAAAUAGUUGUUUGGGAGUAAAUUUCAUUUAAAUCAACUGAAAUUAUUUCCAAACUAAUGGGGUACAGAUUGUAUCCUUAAACAGUAGAGCUUAUCCAUUUGUGCUCAGUGAGAGAAAUUAUUCUAAUGGAUCUGCAUGCUGCAAUUCUUUGGGCUGGCCAAAUGUGAUACAGGCUAGGCGGUGUGUGUGUGUAAGGGUAGUGGAACCACGCUCGCAUAGCCUGCUUUCAGACCCAUUGGACAUCUACACAUUACAAGCAGUAUUUACAUAGGGCCUGUAAGCACAAGAUCCAGUGCAUGUGGGUCUGAACUAUAUGCUUGUUCUAGGAAAUGUUAACCAGUGUAGUGGUUUGGACCUUUAUGUGUCUAGACUGUGCAUUCAUUGGAUCCAACGCAUGAAGUUCUCAGUGGGUUGUAAGACAGCCCCACCUGGUAUGUGCAAUGAGCUGAUGUGAUCCACUCUCUUCUCCCUGCCCCAGCAGGUUAAACCACUCCCUGCCUGAACCCUUUAAAUUCAAUGUAAGUAACUUACUUGGAAACAUACUAUUAAAAUCAAUGGGACUUGCUUCCAAUUCACUGACAGAGGCUGUCUUCCUUGCAGCUCUAUACACUGUCCUUCGUUUGAAAGACAGAGUGGGAUUCAGCCAGUUACUGCAUUUUAAAGCACUUAUUUAAUCAUUAAAAUAAAAAAUGUACAGUUGGUGCUCAAAGCAAUGUUAAAAUAUAUUUAAUAGAAUUUUGCAUUUGAUAUUCAUGGGCAUGGGUACAUAUAUUUUUUUAAGAAAAGGAAUUGUAAUACUGUGGCACUGAUUUUUAUAGCCAAAGUAUAAAACUUUUAGAAAACUGACAUGUAAAAAAACUGCAGAUAUCUUACUGAUAGGAUGGCUUAUUUUAUAAGAUCUUUCCCGCACAUUAAGCUGCAUGCCUUAAGUUCUCUCUAGGAUUGUCUUGUUUGAAAACUAUGGAAGCGAACUUUGUAGUACUACUUUGACUACCUUCUGUAAUACUGUACAUUGUUAGAAUAAUUUAUUUUGCUUUACAGAAGUUUUGUCAUGUAUUGACUAAUUGUAUUUUGGUAAUAAACUCCUAUGUUGAACACA